GAUUGGUGGUAGAUUACGGCAACACCUGGAGGCUGGAUGUUCGGACAUCAGAUGGGUUUGAGGUAAUUUGAAAUAAAGAAUAAUUGGUAAAAGUAAGUAAUGCACAGAAUAUUUGACUCAAAUUAGAUACAAAUUCAUACACUCUUAAACUAACACAAUGAUGCCUCAUGCAGCUUUAUUAGAGUAGCAAUACAAACAACACAUGUUGAAAGUCACCCUUCGAUGCCGAUUGCCUAGCUAGACAUGAAAGAUAUCUGCUGCAACAGUCCAUUGCCUGCAUUAAGUAUUUCUGAGAUAUCUGAAGAAAUGUUGGUAAGCUGGUAGGCCUAAACAAUAUAAACUCUUAAUCAUUUUCAGGUUGAUACAACUAUAAAUAUCGUUAUGAUCUGUAAGAAUGUCCCUCAAAUUACGCUAUCUAAAAAUAAAAUAGCACUAACAGGGAGGCUGCUAGUGAUCUCAUCAGAAAAAAAUAGAAACAUUCAUUUGAAACAAAUAAACCAACGAUAUUCUUUUGUAGAAUGGUGAGGUGGGAUAAGAGUGAUGCAAAUUAUGAUUUUUUGUUUGUUUCAUUGCUUUAAACAGCUGGAAUGUGCCUCACCAGCCCGAUGGGUCCAUACCCCAAUAAUCGCACACACCACCACAACCGUGACGCUGAAAUAUGACGUAUGUCACACCGGUGAAAAGGUCAUUGGACUCCGUUAUGCCUGGAGCGAGUCACCGUGUGCCCUGCACAAAUGUGCCAUUUACGAAACCUCCAAAAGUUUGCCCGGUCCACCGUUUGUGUCUUAUGCAGAUUUUGAUGAGUUUGGAAAUCCUUAUUUUACAUUUGAUCGACCACGUCACGUGUGAUGGAAGAUAAACUUGACCUAGACUUUAAAGUAACUUAUUUGACAUGACACUUUGCUCUUAUAAUGUUUACAUUAAUAAAGGUUUUACAACUGAAAC